CGAUUUCUACGUUUGUCCUCUUAAGAGGCUUCCUCAACCACAAAUGUGAGAGAUCUGCCGAUUUUGAUAGAGUGCACUAGUGCGGAGUGUGUGUUUUGAUUUUCUGACUAAGAGAGCGAAGAAUGUCUGGACCGCAAUGCUGUUCAAAUCCACCAACACUGAACCCAAGCAGUGGAUCAGGUCACGUCGAGAAGCUUGGAGGCCUCAACACCUAUCUCACUGGUCCUGCCGACUCCAACCGCGCUGUUAUUCUUAUCUCCGAUGUUCAUGGAUAUGAAGCUCCAAAGUUGAGGAAGCUUGCGGACAAGAUUGCAGCAGCUGGAUUCUAUGUGGUGGUUCCAGACUUCUUUUAUGGAGAUCCCUACAAGGCUGAAAACACUGAGAGGCCGGUACAAGUUUGGAUAAAGGACCAUGGACCGGACAAAGGGGUAGAAGAUGCAAAGCGAGUAGUUGAAGCUUUGAAAAGUAAGGGUGUGUCUACCAUUGGGGCGGCAGGCUUUUGUUGGGGAGCCAAGGUAGUGGUUGAAUUGGCGAAGCCUCAGUUUAUCCAAGCUGCAUUGCUGUUACAUCCUUCAUUCGUUUCUGUAGAUGAUAUGAAGGGUGUUGAGGUUCCCAUUGCUAUACUUGGAGCUGAGCAUGACCACUUAUCUCCACCUGCUCUCUUGAAACAAUUUGAAGAGGUUUUAGUGGCCAAAAAAACGGGUUGAGAGCUAUGUCAAAAUAUUUCCCAACGUUGCACAUGGCUGGACGGUGAGAUACGAUGUCGACGAUCCAGCAGUUGUGAGUGCUGCAGAGGAGGCGCAUCAAAACAUGCUGGAGUGGGUCAGCAAAUAUGUUAAAUGAGGAACUAAUGAGGCGACACAGCUCUCACUUGGAUUCCCUAUGAGGUCUAGAACUGUCAGUAGAAUAAUGUGUAUGAUAUUGAUGUGUGUUAAAUGCUUGGGAAACACCUAUCCUCCUACCAUAUUCAGUGUAUGCGUGAUGGUUCGACAAUUGAUAGUAUAGGCUAUUCUCAGUAUCCUUGUGUGUUGACAAAUGUUGUGUGCAAUAAUAUUUGUGAAAAUAUGUCUAGGAGUAA